CACGCUUACACUAUUGCAACAAAUCGUUUCUGUAGCUUCGUUUCUCGAUUUGAUCGCGGAUUUCACGGAAUCUGAUCAGUGAGUAGUUACAGUAGUUUAAGAAACGUUUAAAAUGGAGGAAGGUCCCAUUCGUCUUGGUAGAGAGUUCUUUGAGAAAAGUUGUGAAGAGCUUAGCAGAGCUCUGAUUGGCCAGAUUUUGGUGCGUUUGUCUGAUGGGAAACGAUUGGCUGGCCGAAUAGUUGAGACAGAAGCCUACCUGGGACUUGUGGACAAGGCAGCUCACUCGUACAAAGGCAAAACUGCGCGGUGUGCAGCCAUGUUUAUGGAACCUGGGACAGCCUACGUUUAUAACAUAUAUGGAACAUACUGCUGCAUGAACAUUUCCAGUCAAGGUGAUGGUUGUGCUGUUCUUCUCCGAGCCCUCGAGCCUCUGGAAGGUAUAAACGAUAUGUCUGUAUUCCGCUGGGCAAACCCAAAGCCUUGUUUCAAGGUGGUAGACCUGUGUAACGGUCCCUCCAAGCUGUGUCAGUCACUCUCCCUCAGCAAGGCGAACUUUGACCAGCACGAUCUGGUGAAUGAUGAAAGCUUGUGGCUGGAGAAAGGUGGAGUGGUUCCUGAUUCCAUGGUGGUGCAGACAAAGAGAGUGAACAUCGACACGGCUGAGGAGUGGUCAAGUAAACCUCUGAGGUUUUACCUGCUCGGUAGUGAGUUUGUCAGUGUCAAGGACAGACAAGCGGAGAGACAGAUGGCGGGAGCAGAUGAAUUUGCAUCUGGAGAUGCAGAAGAUGUGCCUCUGUCUCUUCUGAGAUACGGCUUUGACAAACAGGACACAAACAAAACACCAGAAAAAUACAAAAGUGGUGUUUCGCAAUUGAAGAAGACCCCAAAUUCGGAUGUGAAAUCAAACACUAAGAGAUUGUUAGAGACUUCAGACACUUCAACAAAACGUAAGCAGCAAUGUCCUGAUGAUACACCACCCAGUAGUAAAAAGAGAACCAGAAGUGAGACAGCUGUGUCGAGUCCUUCAAAACCCAUCACUACAGGUACUUCAAGUCCUUCAAGGACCAGCACAACAGAUACCUCAAGUCCUUCAAAAUCUAACACUGUAGUGCAACCAAGUCCUUCAAAAGACAGCAGUACAUUAGUGUCGAAAGAUGAAAACUCGGGAGUGACAUCGCCUAGAAAAGGUCGCGGCCGACCAAAGAAAAAUGUGGUAGCAAUGAAAGAAAACCAGGAAGUAGACAAUUGUGGAAGAAAUCCGACCUCUACUGAUCAACCUGAACAUGUUGAGAACACUGAGACCGACACACCGAUGGAGGACACAGAGGAAAGUGAAAAGAAACCAGCUGAAGAAACCAAAAAAAUUAAGGUGGUCACCCCAGUGCCCACACGCAUGAAGCGAACGAUUCGGUUUGUCGACGUGCCUAAAGGGACCUCGCUUCCUCACAUGUUCUUUGUGUGUUCUAGUGUCGACCUCGCCAAGGCCUUGCUCGGACAGCGGCUCGUUCGCAUCCAGGAUGGACGCAGGAUCUCGGGCAAGAUUGUGGAAACGGAGGCUUAUUUAGGGGUGAAGGACAAGGGUUCCAUCGCCUUCGGGGGCAAAUUUACCAAAAAUGCUGACAUGUUUAUGCCUCCAGGCACCAUCUUUAUUUCCUCUGUGUAUGGACACUAUUUCUGUCUCAGUAUAUGCAGUGAAGAUGACGGUGGUGUGGUGCUCCUGCGAUCUCUGGAAGCAGACGAGGGUCGCGACCUGAUGAUGUUGAAUCGGUACAGGAAGUCAAUCCGUGAUACGGAGAUCUGUAACGGACCGUCCAAACUGUGUCAGGCGUUAAAGAUCGACAGUGCGACAUUCGCGAACCAGAACAUCGCCUCAUCAGAGAACCUCUUCCUGGAGCGUGAAGACAAUGUGUCGACCAACAACAUCGUGUGCACGAAGCGAAUCAUAACGGAGGGAGACCCUGAGGACUGGGCCGAGAUGAAGCUCCGCUUCUACGUGUUCGGCAGCGACUGUGUCAGCUCCAGGGACCCAGUCGCCGAGGCUCCUCUCAAGAGUUCACAGUACGACCUGGAUCAGUAGGACUUCAACGACGUUGGAACAAUCCUAGCAACACGAUGGGGUGGUACCACACUCAGACUUGUGGAGAGUGGGGAACAAAAUCAAGUGAUUAUGUCUGCACCUGUAGACAGUGCUGUCUCCCUCACCAACCCCUGCCCCCACCUCAAACAUAAAAUCCUUGCAAUGCUAAUAAAAGGAGUCAAUGGCUAGUGGGCCAAAGGUGCAUUGACUUGAAGAGGUUGGGGUGGGACUUUCUGGAUCCCCUAAAAACUAAAAAUGUUAUUAUUUGUUGAGACUCACAAAUGGCAUAUCAUGCAUUUUAUGACACAUGCCUUACAUUUUAAUGGCACAUGCCUUACAUUUUAAUGGCACAUGCCUUGUAUUUUAUUUGGAGAUGCGGUAUAAAAAUAUAACAAUAAACUCAACCAGACCAAGAUGGCCAGCUGGGUGGGUUUCUGUUUCACUGAUUAUUUGUACUGAUGAUGUGACCAGAGUAAAUUGUAACGGUAGUUUGAUGAACCAAGGGUUGCUGUUGCUGGAAAUGUAUCACUGCAUUGGUGUGUUUAGCUGAGGACAUAACAAGAAUUAAAAAAAACAAAUAAACAAGUUGAUAGUUGGUACUGUUGUACCGUGAAACCUCUCAAAACAGGAUCCUCUGUAAACCAGAAUCCCUCAAAACUGGACAUUAUUUAUGAUCCCUUUUUAAAUAUCUGUACAUUAGAGAACCUCUCUAAACCAGAUACCUCUUACAACCGGACGUUUUACUUGGUCCUGAGGGUGUCCGGUUUAGAGGGGUUUCACUGUAUCACGUUGUGUACCAAUGUCUAGGUUAUAUCAUUAUAGGACAUCUGCUUUUGAAAUGACAUAUCACAUACUGGAUUGAAGGCAAACACUUAAUUUCUUUCUACCUACUAUCCCACUUAUUUUGGCUUGAUAUUUGUUAAAGUGAUACUAAAAAUGUAAGCACCUUAAAACAAAUCCUAGAAAAAGGCCUGGUGUCAGUGACCUGUCAUUUCGUAAAAGCGAACACAUGUUCGACUCCACUGUUGGAGGAAAUCUCACUAAACUGAACAUAAAACUCUCAAUGUUUUGGGGAUGUUACUUUUAGAAGGGACAUGCUUCAAAUAUACUAUUCAAUGAUGUGAUGUGUGUUGCCAUGCCUAUUUAUCGGAAAAUAUAAAAUCUGACAUUUCAAAACCAAGAAUAUGUGGUGCAAGUUAUUUUCUUAUCUGUUCACAUUAUAAACAUUUGGUUAAUGACAUUGUACCACAAGGCAUAUGUAUGAAGUGAUGUUAAAACAUGUUUUAUCAUUGAUAUUGUUUUUUAAAGAUAUAAAAAGAAUGGUUUGAAACCAUGUUUUAUUAUAAA